GUUGCAUGCGGUGCACCUACAAAAACACCAUUCCGUGAGAGUUUUGAUGAUGGGAAGGGUAAACAAAGUAAACGUUUCCUGACAGUCCGUAGGCGCGAGCUCGAAUGUUCUCGAGCUGCGGCUAUUAAAGCAUCUUCUAGAUUGUGAAAAAAACCGCGUGAUAUCAGAGUUCGAGUCAUGAACGUGUUGAACUCUAGUCAGAAGGUUACAUGGUUCCAAAGCUAGCGAUCGGAGAAUAGAUGGUACGAACCGCCUGGAUAAAUACUGAGGCAACAGGUGAAUGGAAGUUCAUUCAGUUGACACCCACAAUGCUUCAUACUAGUAUCAUGUUGAUUUUCUCCGCUGCCGUCGCAGUCGCGGCAAUCGUCGCCAAAGCUUUCACAACCCCAAAGACAAGGAUACACAGCAGUGUCCGCGCCGUCAGGACAUUACUGAGUCCUCCUGAUGUCCCUACUCCCGCAUUAUUACGCGCAAGAUCCAUACCAAACCAGCGUUUGGUGAAGGCGCUCGGUAUAUCGAGCACCUUUGUCAGCGACGAUACCGGCGUCCAUGACAACUUCACUCGCGAAGCGAAAGUCCUAAUAGGCGCCGUCAGCGCGAAAGAUGGAUGGUCGAGGCUCGUUGACGUCGCUGAAAUCUGCGUGAACAGAUUCCUUGACGUAAAGAGCCUCGACUACGCCACCUUCGUGCAGUCUGUCACGCUCAGUGUCGUAUUGGCAGGUCUGCUGGGCACAGAUAUCGAAGAUCUUGACCCCGUGGACGUGGCAUUUGUGACAAAGGCCAUCAACGACCGUUGGGCACAAUCCAAAUCGAGCACUACUCUCACUACAGAAGUGCUCGAUCGCAUCAACCAUCACAUCAUCAGAUGGGUUCCAGACCGAACCAAUCCUCUCAAUCUCAUCAUCCCCGCAUAUGAAACAAUGUGGCGCGUAGCAGCAAUUGCGGUGGUAUAUUCUAACCGCGAUAGUCUGCUACGCGAUGCAUUUAUCUCAUACAACGAGAACCCCACUGACGAUCAGUUCCGCGCCUUCGCAAACGAAGAGACAGGAGCGCAGCCUAGUGCAGAGGCAAUCAUCUGUGAGGUUCUCCGACUCUACCCCCCGACUCGUCACAUCACUCGUGCCGUGGUCGUCCCAUGGUGGAAGCGACCGUUCGUCCCAUCCAUAGAUGUAGCAGACAUCGAAGAGGCACACAAAUCGCCUCUCUUCGGAAGUGAUCCAGAAUCCUUCAAUCCUAUGCGGUUUCACUCGAGCCAUGCCGCUCCUAAAAGGGACCAGCUGUAUGCCUUUGGGCACGGAAAGCUGAAGUGCGUAGCGGCAAGCUGGGCACCGCCAGCUGCCGCUGUCAUCACCGCGAAAAUCAUGGCCAAAUUGGAUGGCGUUGCGUUCAAGUUGCAGGAAGGACCAUGCAUUGGGAAAAGGGAAGGAUGGGAGGGUUGGUCGGUCCAAAGAGUAUAACGAACGUCAUGUGAUACAUAUUGGACUCGUCAGCUAUUGCUUGUACUGUAAGCUAGUCACGUAUGUUUUAACCGGAGGUCAUGAGAUAUAUGCUAUUCGAUUUGUCAGAUCAA